GUUGUAAGAGUAGACGAACGCUCCAACUUCGCUGCGUAUAUCCACUUCACUGACGCGCGAGAAAUAAAGGACUACGACAUAGAUCACGUCGUCACGCGUCUCGCACAGAUUAUGGCGCUGUGGGAUGACAGUGUCGAGCAGAAAUACGUGUUCCGGAGCCUGCGCAAGAUGGUCCUUUCGAACGCCGCGCAGAUCACCAAUAUCAUAUGCAUUGGCCAUGGCAGCUUACGCCGGAGCCCCGACUCUAUGAUGCAGCACAUCGCGGUUGGUUCGAUCGCCAAAGAGCUCUCCCGUCUCUACGAGGAGCUGGGAAAGCCGCUGCAGGAGCAGAUCACUAUACUCGCGCAAGACCCGUCCUACACCGAGAACGACAAGGACCUGCUGGCGCGCCUUCCUGUACCUGUAUAUGCUUGUUUGUUCGCGAUGGUUCUCAUGGCUACGUAAAACUUAGGUGCUGAACAUUACCUCCAUCGGCGGUGAGCUUUUACGUUUUCGGCUUGUUGCUUGCUUCGCCAGCGCCUAAAUUGUAUGUGCCGAUUGUUUUGGUAGUAAUGUGGUGCUCUAGUCAAAGGCGCAAAGAUCUGUUUGACUUCAUAAUGCGUGGAGUUUCUAUAGUGAUUGGACACAAAUCAGCGUUCUUGGUAUUAUAAAGCUGAGCACCCAAUCACGAAACCCGCAGAAGAAAGGAACUAUUGCCACGUCAACGCGUUUCUAUUUUUCGUGCUUGCUGUAGGUACAUGAAAACAGCAUGUGCCUCCUAAUGAACCCAACCAGUGGCU